AUGCAAUCCCCCGCUCACUGGCUGUGCUGCCUGCUGCCGCACCCCCAGCGCCUCUACUUCCUCUUCUCCGACCCCAUCCGCACUGACGGCUUUGAUCCCACGAUCAUACGCGACAAGGAGGAGUGCAGCAGGAUGUACCAGAUGGUGCGGGGGAGAGUGGAGGGCGGAAUAGAGCAGCUCAAGGAGAUGCGUCGGGCAGACCCGCUGCGAGAAACGCUUCCCAGAAUAGCG